ACCAUACCUACAAAAGACUUUUUUCUGUUGCUUUUUUUUGUUUAUAUCGGAUUCAAUAAAAUGGAGACAUCAAAGAAAACUCAGAUAUUUAGACAGAAUAAUAAGACGAUUGAUGUUGUUGAGUUUCAGUUACCACAAGAAAUUCGAAUCAAAAUUUUCGAGUAUUUUGAAAUGAAAGAGUUGAUGAGACUUGCGACUGUAUCUAAAUCCUGGCGAGAUUUUAUCUUCGGGACGACCAGGUUUUGGCGGUGCAUGCACCUGAAGUUGUCUUGCAGACGACAGUCGAAACACAAUGAAGCAGCUUGCUGGUACGCCGCGAGACUUGGUGGGCACUUUCGGGACCUGACCAUCAGCUGUUUGCAUGCUAACAAGCACAUCCAUUGCGACACCAUGGCCGUAUGCCUCAGGCAAUUUCAGCUGAAUUUACGUCAAGCAAAUCUGACGUCAUUGAUGGUUACUGACCUACGGAGUAGGGAUACGCGGCCGGAAGUUGUGUCGAGUCUUGUCCAGAUCCUGACUCGUAUUCUGUCACGCUGCGAUCAACUACAGCAGUUUGGAAUGCCAUUAGCGCUAUUGCCGAUUCAAGAAGGUGUCAAAGUUCUCGACACGGUGUUAUCAAAAGCCAGGGGAACUCUACAAUCCUUAAGAAUCGAUGGUUUUUUUAAGCCAGUGGCUGUAAGACAGAGACACGUGAGACCGGUGGAGUUUGACCAACUGACCAAUAACAUCCUUGCUCUCAACCACCUGACAAAACUGGGCAUCGACUACUUUAUUUUGACAGAUGCUUUUGUUGAUGCGCUGUCUAGGUCUUAUGCAAAUCUAAGGAAACUAAAACUGUUUCUUAACGGCUCUAUUUGCUUUUCGAGACAUAUCUCACACAAUUCGUGGGCAAAUUUGGUUAAAGGUUGCCAACAAAUGAAAGUGGGUCUUCGUAUGCAUAGUGGUGAUUAUGGUCUUGAUAUAUACAAGUUGAUGGAUUACUUGGAUCCUGUCUUGAACGUGUAUGAUAUCUGGAUCAAGAGUGCACGGAACAUAAUAUAUGGAAUAUCAGAUCCAAUGCAUGAGGUUGCAGACAAUUUCAGUCAUAGCCUGGUGAAGCUGAAGAUAGAUUUGGCGGGCGUUGAGAACGACAACGAAUUCCUAGGACUUGUUCGGAAAAGUAAACAUUUGAUCCACCUGAAUGUGUCGGCUGACUUUGUUGACCCUGAGACUGCCAGGAUAGCCAUGGAACUGGUAGAACAAAGAAGACGCGACCUCUCUGGCAGGGACCUUCCAGGAAGUUGCCAGAAACGUGUGAGAACAAAUCCGCCUGAUGUCUAGGUUCGAAUACAUCCCAUACCACGUGAACAUAGACGUAGAAUAUCGAGGGCGAUCACAGUGAACGAUGGGUAUCGCGGAAUUAAAAUCAGACACUAACAUCAAGCAGUUCAUUUUAAAUAAUGGUAAACACAAUUGUUAUGUUAAAUAAACAAU